ACAACCGAGAUCAAAAACGUCUUUGUAACUGUCAAGGUAAUUGAUGUCAAUGAUGAACGCCCGGUGUUUGUUCCAUUUUGGGCAGGUUACCCUGAUUCAAUAGCGAAAGCAGUUCUUAGUGAAGAAUCUAAAACACCUCCGGGAACACGUGUUUUUCAAGUCCAAGCAAUGGAUGCGGAUGCUAAGGCUCUUCUAGAAUUUAGAUGGACUCCCGGUUUGGAUACGUCUGUUACGAAAAGGUUCUCCAUUUCUCCAACUUCUGUAAGAAUUCUUUUUCACUGUUCACUCAUUUUGUAUUUUAUUGUAUUAUUAUUGCAUGAAUUUUCAUUUUGA